AUGGCUACUGAAACGCCCCAAGCUUGGAGCAAAGUUCAGAAUGAAGCAAGUCUUGGGAUGGAAGAAGGAGUAUUGCCUGCCGAUGGGCCUCUCGCCAUCACAAGCCCAACAGAGCAGUUCCGGGAAUUCUUCGGCAUCAAAGAUGAGUUCUGGACCCAGUUUUGCAGGCGACUGCGAACCGAGGUGACCGAGUAUUCUUCAUGGGAUCAGAUACUGGAGGUAGAAGCCCAUCGAUGGUUAUGUGCCGUCCGAUUUCUGCAUAUUUAUGGCGAUGAAUAUUGGGGCAGCGAACAGAACGGCGAUCAGUAUCUCCUUGAAGAGCUGGUUGCUAACGAUGAGACCUGGAAAUACCCUGAUAAUGACGAGGUGAUCUGUUUUGGCUUAUAUCUCUUGUUGGGCAAGUUUUGUCUGCAGCGCUCGAAUUAG